AUGGCGCUUCCGAAAUCUCAUAUAGUCCACUUGCUUGAUUCACGCGAAAUUUUACCACGACCACCAAGGGAAUUUACAACUGCCUUAAAAGGCGAUCCUUACUUUGUUAGACGGUUCACCGAUAAAUAUCGAAGCCUUACCGGACACCAGGGUUGUGUUAAUUCUGUGUUUUGGAAUAAAGCCGGCGACCUGAUAUUAUCUGGCUCAGAUGACAACCGGAUCAAUAUAUGGUCUCCAUUCCAACACCCAGAGAAUGCUUUAAUACAUUCAAUCCCAUCAGGACACAAAGCCAACGUUUUCUCUGCACAUUUUAUGACCAAUACCAAUGAUCGUCAUAUUGUAUCCUGUGCUGCGGAUGGAAUUGUCAAAUUCACCGAUCUGGAUCAAUAUAUUUCACAAUCUCCAACGAGCGAUUGGAAUCCUUCGCCUUCUUUUCGGUGUCAUAGUGAUUUAACAUACCAAGUUCUUCCGGAUCCAAUCGAUUCCAACAUAUUUUUUGAUUGUUCAGACGAUGGAAGAAUCAACCUUUAUGAUCUAAGAAUCCGAACAUCAUGUAAUUGUGACGGUUGCACACGUCACACAUUUCUGGAUCUCAACGUUAAACGACGACGUGAGAAAAAAAAGUUAUUUUCCGCCUCCUCUUUCACCUCCGCACCAACUAGCGAGGAUGCUCGAUCGCAAAGUGAGCCCGAGUCAGAACAGCAAUCACGAAGACGACGUAAUCCAUUUAUGUUACGUCCUUCUGAUUCAAUAAGUAUUACUGGGAUAGCCAUUAGACCUGAUAAUACAGUUUAUUUAGCGGCAGCUUGUUCUGAUGAUACUGUGCGGGUUUACGAUCGAAGAUUUAUUCCUCCACCAUCUUCAGAUUCAGUGUAUCAUCGUGAUGCUCAAGUAUACACGUUCAUUCCCACGCGUAUGAGACAGAAAAAUGCACAACGAAGAGAAAUGAGUCGUCGUUUUGACCCAUUAAGUUAUCAUCGGAUGACCUGUCUCCAAUAUGAUCCGAAUGGGGGUGGUGACAUACUGGCAAGUUAUAGUCGUGAUAAAGUAUAUUUAAUCAGACCUGGCGCAGGAAAAAUUGAAAGAUCUGGGAAACCUCGAAUGGGCGGAAUCAAAGUUCCAAAAAAGGAAGAAAAUUUAGUUGAGAAAUUAAUAGAUAAUGACAACGAUCUUCUGGACGAUUCUUUUGUUAUGGGACAAGUAGAGGAUAGUGAAACUGAAAUUUCUAACGAUGCAAAAAAUAUUAUUGAAGAAGAAAUGGACAUUGCGGCUACUAAUAACACCAAUUCAAGAGUUUUUGAAAUUGAGCAAGAUGCUAUUCCUAUUUCGCGUCCAAUGAAUAUAUAUUCAAAUAAUGCACAACAGAAUCAAUAUGAGGAGGAUGUUGAAGAGGAGGAAGAAGAAGAGGAUUCUUACGAAGAUGAUAACAUGCACAGUAGUAGUGACGAGGACGACAUAACAGAUCUCAAUAUUGAAGAAGCAAACGACGAGGAUAUUGUUCAGACAUUUACCGGGCAUCUUAAUGAGAAAACAAUGAUUAAAGAAGCCAACUUUUUUGGGAAUCAGUCACAGUACAUCAUGAGUGGUUCUGAUGACAGGAGAAUUUUUGUGUGGGAUAAGAAAACUGGUCGUGUAGUAAAUAUACUGACCGGUGAUAGGAAAGUGGUUAAUUGUAUUCAGCCACACCCAUACCUUCCCAUACUAUGCACAUCGGGAAUCGACAGUGAUAUCAAAAUCUGGUACCCUUCUGCAGAUCGAGAAUAUGAUAUAUCAAAAGGCGAAAAAAUUGUCAAGCGAAAUAAAGAGAUUACCGAGACUCGUGUAGGCGCGGACACGAGAAGUCCCGUGAUGAUUAUACCGAGCAAUAUGAUUAUGCAAAUGUUGGCGAUACUAAAUGAAGGUGCAACAGGAUUUCUUGAUUCGGAUGAGGAAUAA